AUGUCAUCAUUAUUAAAAUCAGCUCAAGCUUUAAAACCAUUGUUUGACAGAGUUUUAGUUCAAAGAUUAAAACCAGCUACUAAAACUGCAAGUGGUCUUUACAUCCCAGAGAAAAAUCAAGAAAAACUCAAUCAAGCUACAGUAAUAUCAGUUGGUCCUGGAAUGACCAAUACAACUACAGGAGAAGUCAUUCCUGUGUCAGUUCAAACAGGAGAUAAAGUACUUUUACCAGCAUAUGGAGGAAACCCAAUAAAAGUUGGAGAAGAAGAAUAUUUGUUGUUCACUGAUAAGGAAAUAUUAGCCAAAAUUGAAGAAUAA